AUUUCAUCCCUCGCUCACGACCGUAUCCAACGAGCCCUCGACGCAGCGUGGGCUGACUCUACACUGCGCAAGUACAGGGGAGCGAUCCACAGCUUCUUGCUCUUCUGCGAGCAAGAAAACAUACCUCCUCCAGAACGCUGUCCUGCCAGCGAAGUUCUUUUGUGCGCAUUCGCAACCUCACGUUUGGGCACACUCGCAGGCGACUCCGUCCGCAACCACAUGUCAGCCCUUAAGGCUUGGCAUGCAUAUCACAACGCCCGUUGGAUGGGCGGAACUCGCCUACACUUCGUCCUCAAUGGUGUUUCCAACCUAGCGCCUUCUUCCUCUUUCCACCCUCCUCGACCACCAAUCACUCGAUCGAUGUUACUGGUGCUCGCUACACACCUCGACCCCACCAGCUAUUUCGACGCCUGCUGUUUGGCAGCGGCCUGUACGGCCAUGUGGGGACAGCUCCGACUUGGAGAGAUCCUUUCAUCCUGGGAGUCUUCAUUCCAGGAUGCCCACAUUUCCUUUAGACUUCACCUUUCCCCCCCCAUUAACCUCAACGGCUCUCGCAAACUUUUUCUUCCCUUCACAAAAGUGAAGAAAAACCGAGGGGAGGAAGUCGUCAUCUGCCGGCAA